GUGCCUGGCGUCUCUUGGCAUCAGGAACGACAAAUCCCUUCCAUGAGCGUGGCUGUGGUUGCACUCCUCCACCCCUGCGCAGUCAUUCACCACAGCUACAUCACGGCAAUCAUCAUUCCUCGCGCUCAGCUCGCCGCGACGCACCAACAGACCGCAGCGUGACUCACUGACGCGCACGCGCUCGUCCUCGCUCUAUCAUCAUGCCGCAGUACAAGUUGAUUUACUUCGACGCGCGGGGUCGGGCCGAACUGACGCGCUGGAUCUUCGCUUACGGCGGCAUCGACUACGUGGACGAGAGAAUCAAGAAGGAGGACUGGCCUGAGCGAAAGAAGACAAUCCUCAGCGGCAAGGUCCCCGUGCUGAUGGUGGACGACACGACGGUGCCGGAGUCCCGUGCCAUCGCUCGCUACGCCGCGAAACUGGCCGGUCUGUAUCCAGAUGACAAUUUGGAUGCCGCCUUAAGCGACGCUAUUUGUGACAAAAUAGCGGACACCGCCACUGAGAUCUACAAGAUCAGGUUUUCUGAGAAGACUGAAGAAGAGAAGAAAAAGGAAUUCGUAGACGAUAUUUAUCCAAACGUUAUGAAACCCUUCCUGGAGAGACUGGAGAAGUGGCUCACUGGCAAGGAAUGGUUUGUGCCGAACAAGCCUCAGAUAAGUUGGGCUGACCUCUGCAUUUCCCAGACGCUCGGCACCAUGCUUGACAAAGUGCCCGAGAAGCUGGAGCCGUACCCAACCGUGCUGGCUCACGUGCAGAAGAUUCGCGAGAUACCGAGCAUCAAAAACUGGAUCGAGACGUCCCCCCAGACCCCAUUCUAGGGAGCGCCUGCGUCUAGAGGUGUCUGUGUGUGCUAAGCAGGUCUGCAAGCUGUGUCCUCUCCCACGGUUAAGCGUCACCCUUCCAGGCCAACACACGCACACGCACACACACACACACACACACACACACACACACACACACACACACACACACACUUCAGCUUCUAAACUUCAACAAAUCAUUGCAGAGAAAGAAAUUAGCUUCUGUAUUUGUUGACGUUUUCACAACAAAACUAACCACAUACAACAAAUACUUUAUCUACUCAUAAAAAAAAAAAUAAAAAAAAAUAAAACUCAUAAGCAAUGCAAGUUUUCAAAAUAGCUUCCCUGCGAACAGGACGCAAUAGAACCACGUUGUUUGUGGCCAAUAUAUAUUUAUUUGAUUUACAUUGAUGUGGUCAACUAUUGUGCUAGUUACUAGUAGCAGCUGUUACCGGUUGUGGGUAUUGCUUCGUGAGGCAUCCCUGCGUUAUGUCACCUAUGUAUGCUAGGCUUAAUUAUUAAACAUUUAUCUCAUUAGUAAA